AUGACCCAGCCAACUUUGAAACCGUCCCUCGAGGAAGUCAAGCACCUCCUCGAGACCGCCCCUUCAGCCCCCACCACCUUGGCCCCUCCGGCUGCUGCUCGCUACUCUGGUAUCGCUUCGACCGAGGUUCCCGUCACCCCUUCCUCUGAGAAGCGUGGCAACUUGAUUCCUGUCUAUGUCGACAUUCCCGCCGACCUCCUCACCCCCGUCGCAGCAUACCUCAAGGUCGCCCAGGGCUCCGAGCACUCUUUCCUGCUCGAGUCGAUCACUGGCGGCGAGAGCCUCGCCAGGUACAGCUUUGUCGGCGCCGACCCCGUCAAGACUGUGCGCACCGGUGAGGGACUGGAGGUUGAGGGUGACCCGCUCGAUGCGCUUGAGAAGGAACUGGAGCCAUUCCGCUACGUCAAGCUCGAUGCGGUGCCAACUUUUACUGGCGGAGCCGUCGGUUUCAUCACCUACGACGCUAUCCAGCACUUUGAGCCUGUCACCAAGCCUGCUGUCCCUCACCGGGACCCCUUGCCCGGUCUCCCCGAGGCCUUCUUCAUGAUCACCAAGACGCUCGUCAUCUUUGACCACAUCUUCCAGUCCAUUAAGAUCGUGUCGCACAUCUACCUGCCCGAUGGCGAGGACAUUUCCAAGCUCCCCGAGCUGUACGCCGAGGCCGGCAAGAGGAUUGAGAUUGUCAGGCAGAAGCUCGAGGCCCCCGAGGUGCCCCUCCCCGUCCAACCCCCUAUCACCCUCGGCAACGAAGCCAUCUCCAACGUCGGCAAGGCCGGCUACGAGGGCUUUGUUACCAAGCUCAAGGAGCACAUUGUCAAGGGCGACAUUAUCCAGGCUGUCCCCUCCCAGCGUCUGGCCCGCAAGACGGCCCUCCACCCCUUCAACGUCUAUCGUCACCUGAGGCGUGUCAACCCUUCCCCUUACAUGUUCUAUCUCGAUUGCAAGGACGUCCAGCUCGUCGGCGCCUCCCCCGAGACCCUUUGCAAGGUCGAGGGCCGCAAGGUGUACAACCACGCCAUUGCUGGUACUGUCAAGCGUGGCAAGAACGCUGCCGAGGACGCCCGCCUCGGUGCCGAGCUCCUCGCCUCGGACAAGGAUCGCGCAGAGCACAUUAUGCUCGUCGACCUGGCGCGUAACGACGUCAACCGCGUCUGCCAACCCCAGACAGUCCAGGUCGACGACCUCAUGCGUAUCGAAAAGUUCUCGCACGUCAUCCACAUUACUUCCCAGAUCAGCGGUAUCCUCCGUCCCGACCAGUCGCGCUUUGACGCCUUCCGCUCCAUCUUCCCUGCUGGCACAGUUUCCGGUGCACCAAAGGUCAAGGCCAUCCAACUCGUUGGCGGUCUCGAGCAGGAGCGUCGUGGCGUGUACGCCGGCGCAGUCGGCCGCUUUGACUUUGACCGCAACGAGCUCGACACGUGUAUCGCUAUUCGUACCAUGACCUUCAGGGAUGGCACCGUCUACCUCCAGGCUGGUGGCGGUAUCGUGUUUGACUCGGUGGAGGAGGACGAGCACACUGAGACUAUCAACAAGGCAAUGUCGAAUGUGGCGGCGAUUAACGCCGCGGAGAAGCACUACUACGACUUGCAGCAGCAAGAAGCUUAG